AAGAGGACGGGUUUGUUGACUCGGCUUUCCGCUCGCUGACAGAAAGCACCAUGGAGGAGCCUGCUCCUAUCGCACGCAUGACUUCCCGGAUACAAGAGUACUACGACAGCCUUCUUAACAACGCGGACUGGAACGUGGCAAACCUGGAAGUGCGGCCUGGACAACCGACGUUUGUGGUUUGGUUUGUGCUUUCGUCGUACUUCCCGCUGAUUUGCGGCUGUCUUGGCCCGCUGUCGAACCUGCUUUCAGUGGCAGCCGUGAUUUGCAAUUGGAAGGAGGACAAGGCCACGGGCAAGCCUGCAGGCGCGGACGAAAGCUGGUGCUACACGGUGAACACGAUCUCCAUGGUGUGCGGGGUGGCGGCGAAUAUUUGCCUGCUGCUCAACUACCGCAGAAAAAUGAACUACCACUACGCCCAGAUAGUCUCCAUCGCAGGCUGGUUUGUGGCCAGCAUCAUGCUCAUGCUCCUGGUAGCCAUCUACCAUGUGGAAUUUCUUCGCCACGAGCAUUAUGUGAGGUAUUCCUAUUCUUACGGGUUCUGGUUUGCGGUGUUCACAGUGCUGCUGCAUUUUGCCAACUUUGUGCUGCUCAGUCUCAACAUACUCGGCGUGCUGCUGAAGAAGUACCCGCCGGUGUUCAACAUUGACGGCGUGCAGAACACGCUCAUCUUGCAGACCAUGUUCUUUGUGACCUGGAUGAUGUGGGGGGCUGGCAUGUUCACGGCGCUGCUGCACGUGUCGUACGGCGAAGCCCUGUAUUUUUCGAUAACCACAAUUCUCACCAUCGGGCUCGGUGACUUUGUUCCACAGACCAGCGGUGCACAGACACUCACUCUGCUCUGGUGUAUUGUCGGCCUGGUCGCGUUCGGGCUGAUAAUCUCCACCAUCAGGGAACUGGUCAUGUUCUCGUCUGCCUCCACGUUCUACUGGCACCGUCUACAAAUGUUCCGCGGUCUCGAGCUGAAAAAUGCGCCGCCAAACCUCUCGAAUCAGGAGAGUUUUAACCGCAUGAAAAAUGCCAGUAGAAAAGCAAUGCGAUAUGAGCGCGUCUUCAGCACACUGACAAUCCUCACUUCGUGGACGGCGUUCUGGCUCCUGGGCUCGUUGAUGUUCACCGUGUACGAAGGCUGGGCGUAUCAUCUCAGCUGCUACUUUGCAUUCCUGUGCUUUGUCACGAUCGGAUACGGCGUCCCAGCCCCGACCACGAGCGGCGGCCGUUCAUUUUUCUGUGUGUGGGCGAUUGCCGCAAUCCCGGUUAUGACCAUCCUAGUUAUGAACAUUGGAGAUUUCAUUUUCAGCUCGCUCGAGACAAUACAGAAUCUCAGUAUGCUGCGCAAGACAAACGUGUCGCACUCGGACGAAUCAGAUUCCCACGAGGCCAUCCUCCAUCACCUACAGAACCUAAAAGAAGCUUCCAACCUCGACAUCUUCAGCACCAAGGAGUACCUUUCUGCCUCCUCAUUUGCUACCGAGCUGGCCAGUUAUAAUGACUCCAGCUAUCACCAUCCCGAGCACAGCGAACGAGCUGCUCUCCGCAAAGAUUUUAACCUCGCCGCGCAUGAAUCACUAAAGCCUCGCUUCCGCAAGAAAAACGAUCCGCUGCUCUCCAAAAUGAGCCAGAUACAGCAAAUAAUCAUCGAGUUGCGCAAAUCCACAUUUUUGUCCAACAUAAAACCCGACUUCAAGUACUCAUUCCAGGACUGGAGCCAGUUCCUCUCUCUGACAGACCUGAACACGGGCUCCGACUUUUGGCUGGGCAAAAAGUCGCCGUUUGGGUUCCCCAAUGACGAGCCUCUCUACUUCACGUAUCAUUUCCUCCAUGCUCUGGACCGCAAAUUGCACGAGCUGGCGUUGCAAUAUGACCAAAUGAACUAAUACUUUGCUUCGGCUAAAAUGUAUACUCACCAAAUACUGAAAAUAAUAGAAUGAAUAAAUGAUAAUACUGGUUUAAUAGUGACAAGAAGCUAGCUGUUAGUGAAGUUGAAAUCAGUACAUGUACCUAGGGAUGAAUGGCGAUGUGAUCAAUACAAUGGGCUUGAUAGAAAACUACCAUGUGAGAAUCGAAAGAAUCAAAGGAUAAACCAAUGGAACAAGGCGUUCUGCGAGUUAGUACAGACAUGUCCUGCGUAUGCUAAAGUAUUAGAUUAUAAAGUAUAUGUUGCCCGCAUGGAAUGGAUGCGAUCGCGCGUUCUAGCAAAGAUGACGUGAAGCAGACGGCCGGGUCUGCAAUGACGAAUUGAAACAGCAAUGGGCUUGGAUAUGCAAAGAUGCGGGUGCGACGGCGAACAGGAAUAUGCAAAGGUCAAUUAUCUCUUGCGGCGAGUCUUGCUCGUGCUGCGUUUUCUCGAGUCGCCGUUCUUGUUCUGGUGCAUUCUGCCAACAUGGAUCUUCAUGUGGUCCGACCUGGUGAACUUGCGGUGGCAGAACUCACAUACGUACCGCUCGAGAUGAAGAUGGACACAGUUGAUGUGACGUGACAAAAGAGCACGGUUUUUGAACUGCUUGCCGCAGUUCUCCACCUCGCAUACAAGCUUGCCGCCCGGCUGGGUGAGCGGGCGAUGAGGCAGCUUGACAGGGAUUUUGAGCGUGAUUCUGGACUUAGAGUGGAGUGCCGACGCCGAAUUGUCGUCACUGGCGUCCAGGUACUCUGUUUUGGCCUCCACAGGCGAAGUGUCCAUGGCAGGCGAGCCGCGGUAGGAGAUGGGUGUCUCCGGCGGGGACUCGGUAAGGAAGUCGUCUGGGAAAGCAGAGUAAGACGUGUCAAAUCGGCCAAGACCAACUGGUGAAGAAGGCAAUAGGUUGGAAUAUACAGGCUGAUAGAUGGACGCUAGCGAGAAGUUGUUUGCGUGGCUCGAGCCACUGAGAUCGACUUUUGACGGGUCGAUGGUGAGCUCCGGCAUGUCCUCUUCGUCCGGAGCGCAUCUCUGCUGCGAUGUUUCAGGUGUGUUUGACAACCUUGAACACUCGAAAUCAAUAUCGACGUCGUAUUCGACGUCGGAGUAGUUGAGGUCAUCGUACUGGAUCUCGUGCAAGAAGUCGCCCGCGUUGAAAUCGAUCUCCUUCAGAUCCGACACGAGCGACUCUUUUCUUUGUUCAACGAUUUCUAGGUCUGAGUAUCCGAAAGCGGAUACUAGCUCCAUCAAAGGAGUGGGAGUGUCUCUGGAAUCCAUGCCCUAUGCUCUUCUUACCGCGUGGAAUGCCUGAAUUUCCAGUCG